CUUCCCCACUGCAGCAGAGCACUUCAACACAGCAACAAAGGCUCUUUGUUGCCACCUCUCCAAGCCCAAGUGCCUCAUUUGCACUCUGUGCUGUCAUUUAGAAAACCCGGAGUUAUUUUGAGCCCUGAAUUGUCCCUGGUGCUGUCAGCAGGGCCACACUCACAAAACGUGCACAACUUCCAGGUCACCCUGUGCUGGCCUGGAGCUGCCAGCAUUCCCUUGGAACCUGUCACUCCCCCUGCACAUCCUGCUGCUCCCAGCUCCCAGGCAAUUGUGGGGAUUCAGAGAAGCCACAGGAGUGAGAGAUGAUUACAGGAAUCCCGUGGGAGGGGAGCUGGGAAGGUGACUGCACACCCCACAGCAUUGUUGUCAUCUCACUGGUGUUCAAAAGUGGAGCUUGAGGAAGAAAAUGUUGGGGGUUCAGAGCUGUUGGAUGUAAAUGUCAGUAGUUCUUCUUCUCAGUUCUGGAUUGCUCUCACACUGGAGCUGCAAACAGCAUUUUUUGCCUCUAAGAAGUCCAAGAAGGGAGCAUGGACCAGCCCAGUGGAAGGAGUUUCAUGCAAGUUCUGUGUGAGAAAUACAGCCCUGAGAACUUCCCCUACCGCCGGGGGCCUGGCAUGGGGGUGCACGUCCCAGCCACCCCACAGGGCUCCCCUAUGAAAGACCGCCUGAACCUGCCCAGUGUGCUGGUGCUCAACAGCUGCGGCAUCACCUGUGCCGGCGACGAGAACGAGAUCGCCGCCUUCUGCGCCCACGUCUUCGAGCUCGACCUCUCUGACAACAAACUGGAAGACUGGCACGAGGUCAGUAAAAUUGUGUCCAACGUUCCCCACUUGGAGUUUCUAAACCUGAGUUCCAACCCUCUCAGUUUGUCCGUUCUAGAGAGAAGUUGCGCUGGGUCUUUCGCUGGCGUCCGCAAACUUGUGCUCAACAACAGCAAAGCUUCCUGGGAAACAGUGCACACCAUCCUGCAGGAAUUGCCUGACUUGGAGGAACUCUUCCUGUGCCUUAAUGACUACGAAACAGUGUCUUGUUCUCCAGUUUGCUGUCAGUCUCUCAAGCUCCUCCACAUAACUGACAACAAUCUUCAAGACUGGACUGAAAUUCGAAAGUUGGGAAUUAUGUUUCCAUCCCUGGACACACUUAUCCUGGCUAACAACAACCUCACCACCAUUGAAGAGUCAGAAGAUUCCCUGGCAAGGCUCUUCCCCAACCUAAGAUCCAUCAACUUGCACAAGUCAGGUCUGCAUUGCUGGGAAGACAUUGACAAGUUAAAUUCUUUCCCGAAGCUCGAGGAGGUGAAAUUGCUGGGAAUUCCUCUGCUGCAGUCUUACACCACCGAGGAACGCAGGAAGCUGCUAAUAGCCAGGUUGCCAUCCAUCACCAAGCUCAACGGCAGCAUCGUGGCCGACGGCGAGCGCGAGGACUCGGAGCGAUUCUUCAUCCGCUACUACAUGGAGUUCCCUGAGGAGGAGGUUCCCUUCAGGUAUCACGAGCUGGUCACCAAGUACGGGAAGCUGGAGCCCUUGGCAGUGGUGGAUCUGCGGCCCCAGAGCAGCGCCAAGGUGGAGGUUCACUUCCAGGACAAGGUGGAGGAGAUGUCCAUCCGCCUCGACCAGACUGUGGCAGAGCUGAAGAAGCACUUAAAAACUGUGGUGCAGCUGUCAACAAGCAACAUGCUGCUCUUCUACUUGGACCAGGAAGCUCCUUUUGGUCCCGAGGAGAUGAAAUACAGCUCGCGGGCGCUGCAUUCCUACGGCAUCCGGGAUGGGGAUAAAAUUUACGUGGAGCCCAGAAUGAAAUAGCCUUUUUGCCCACACCCACACGCCCCCACACACCCACACACAUGCAUUGAGGAGUUUGUUGCAAGGUUUUUAUUUUGGUUGGUUGGUUGAGGUUUGGUUGUGUUUCUGUAGCAGGUAAUUUCUUAGCCCGGAGGAAGUGCCCUGAUGUGAGAACCAUGCCCACCAUCCACUGCAGGUGACCUUGAGGUGACAAUUGACUUCAGGAUGUGUGUUUCAGUGUGGGCAAUACCUUGAUGUUUCCUUUGAUGCUCCGGUAUACUCGUGAUUUGGCAUGAAUGGUCAGUUGUUCAAGCUAAACAAUGCCAGGGUCCAUAAGGGAGGAGAUAGCUCGGUGCAGAUUUUGACCUGUUGUUUUCUUUUCCUGAAUUUUUUGGUGUUUUGCUCCACCAGAUCUCCCUUUGGCCUAGCUAUCCAACUGUGGCUCGAGCUUGCUGUAGUAUUUUCUUGCAGCUUGGUGCUGUCUCAACCUUUUGUUGUGCUCGAGUUCACAGGAAAGUUCUCCAUCAGUAUUCUGCUUGAUUCAGAGCUCAGGUACUUUAGUGCAUCCACUUCACUCCACUGGUUUGCUUUCUGUGAGUGCACAACAUGGGGGAAAGCAAAAGAACUUCCUAGAAAGAAACUUUCUUUUCAAAGUGCACGCUCUAUAUCCACCUGAUUUUGGAGGGAAAAAAGAGGUUUUGGCUGCUGUACCCAUCUCACACGGUGCCUGCAGCCUGUGGGGAUAAAGGAUGUGUUGCAAAGUGAAUUUUGGGAGGUGGUGGAUGAGCGCUGCAUUGGAAGGGCUUUUUGAACAACAGGUCAACAAGGGGUUAAAGAGCAGCUUCCCCUGUUGUCCAUCCUGAUGCUGAAGAGAUCCCUCCAUGCACUUCACCCUGUACCAGUGGGUGCUGCAAGUGGAAUGGCUAAAAUCCCUCUCCUGGGAGAGAGGAAGAGUCAAGUUGAAGUUUGUGUUUGUUGCUGUUGCACCAGUUCAAACCUAGCACUUUGCCCGGGACCCCUGCCCGGGGGUCCCUGCGUAGGGUCCGGACUCGGAGGAGGUGUUGGCUUGGAUCAGCCUCUGGAGGUGGAGGAACAAAGCAGCUGGGCCCACGAUGGGUGUUCAGCGGGGUUCAUUCCAACAAAGCAGCUGGGCCCACGAUGGGUGUUUAGCAGGGUUUGCUGAACAAAGCAGCUGGACCCACGUUGGGUGUUUAGCAGGGUUUGCUGAACAAAGCAGCUGGGCCCACGAUGGGUGUUCAGCAGGGUUCAUUCCAACAAAGCUGCUGGACUCAAUGUUGGGUGCUCAGCAGGACCCAUGUUGGGUGUUCAGCUGGACCCACGUUGGGUGUUCAGCUGGAUCCAUGCUGGGUGUUCAGCAGGUUUUACUCCAACAAAGCUGCUGGACUUAGACUGGGUGUUCAGCAAGGUUCACUGAACAAAGCAGCUGACCCCUGUUGGGUGUUCAGCAGGUUUCAUUCGAAAAAACCAGCUGGACCCACAGUGGAUGCUCAGCAGAACCCAUGCUGGGUGUUCAGCAGGACUCACACUGGGUGUUCAGCAGGUGCCACGUUGGGUGCUCAGCAGGUUUCACUCCAUGCUGGGUGUUCAGCAGGACCCACCUUGGAUGCCCAGCAGGUUUCUCUCCCUCUCUCUCUCUCUCGGCUUUCCCUUCGCAGGCAUCGCGUGCUGCUGCUUCACGUAGUCCCUGUUUUCUACUGCAGAGCAGAUCCCCUGCCUGGUCAGUGAAAUCCUCCUCCUUUUUUCCUCUCUCUUGUUUCGCUUUCCUGUGUCUUCCCUGCUCCAAGUUGAAGAGUUUCCCAAUUUCCUGUUCCAAGCAGCUGCUCAGCAGUUUUUGGAGCUGUGCAGCGAGGGCUCUAGUUACACAUGAACUCCUGACCUUCAUUUUGAAAUGCUCCCUUUAUCCCCACGUGCACUUUCUUUCCCAGGAUGCUUUUUCCCACAUCACUGAGCUCCUUUGGUAUUCUUGGAGUUGUGUAUUUCUCUUCACAUUUUACCUGGAUUGUGGGGUGGGAUCAUUGGGGAGGGGACUAAGUAUUAAUUAUCUCAUUAGUCUUCAGGUUUAGGAUUUGGGGAUUGUUCAGAGGGGAUUAGUUCCUUAUCCAAAGCAAGGGUUAAAAUGGGAGGAUUUAGAACAAGUUACUAAUUUGUGCCUCAUCCCCCUGCCAAAAAUAGCAAUUUCUUGGCCCCAUUGAGAUGAGCAAUAGGGAAGGGAGUGAGAUUUUCCACAGGUAACAUAGAUUUUCCAUAGAUCCGUGGUACCUGUAACCUGAACAGCAGGGAGAUAGUGGCAGUAUAACAUAAAAUGAUGCUUUUAUAAGCUAGAGCUUUACUGAAGAUGUAUUUUCCAUUCGGGCAGCGAAAAUAAUUUGCUGCCUGAUAGCAGAACCCUUAAGCCAACACUUCUGUAUGAUAUAUACAUACCUACCAAUAGGAAAAGUUGUGGUUAAUAAGAUAUUUUGUUAUAAAGCAAAGUUUUAUGAAGAUAUGGUUGUUUAAUAUUAGAAACCUAUUUCAGCCCUUGACCUCCAGUGUGAGUAGGAGAUCCCUGAGUGGCUGCAGAGUCCAAGGCAAGCGACCUGUGGGGAUGCAAAAGUAUCUGUGACCCAGCUCUCCAGAGCAGGAAUUGCCUCUGUGGGUGUAUUUAUGGCAUUGUACCUGCUGUCAGUGAGAUGCUGUAACUCUUGUCCAACUUCCUCAGCACAAUUAAGAGCCUGGGUUUCAGAGAAGGGAAUAAACAAAGGCCAUUGAAGAGUGGAAUGGGAUGAUAAAGAAGGGCCAAGUGCUUUUAAGUUUGUUUGCCCAUUAAAAAUUGGGCUGUCCGUGGAGGGAUUGGUGCUGUCACCAGCUCAGAACUGGCAGUAAAUGCUGCUUUUAUUUGUGACAGACCUGGUGGGAAGAUGGAAAAAGAGAGCACAGAAGGUUAACAGGUGCUGGGGGUUUGGUGCUGGCACCCAAACCUGCUCCCCUGGUCCCUUCAGGUGUGAAAUCACCAGCCUGCUGUUUCUCCAGGGGAAGGUUUUUCCCAAGGCAUUCACCUUGUGUGCAGGUAGUGGAGCAGUCGUGGGGUAGAAACCAAAAAUCUUGGUUGGCUUCCCAAGGAGAAGGAAUAACCCCAAAACCAGAGAGGGUUUGUGUGGGACCAAACAGCACACAAGGAUGUGGCAAAACACCCCAAAUCAUGGUGCCUUGUGGGGAAGGGUCUUGUGUGUGUGCCACCCAGCAGGGCACCAUGUCUUGGGGAGAGAGGAGAAGGUUUGGGUGCUGAGGGAGGGUGUAACUGUGGCAGGAGGUUUGAUUUAAACCUCUGCCACGUCCAGGCAUUGCCAGCCUGUGCCCUCUUUAGCUAAAGGUCCCUGGGUCUGUCACAUCUGCUUGAGGCAACAAAAUAGAUGUGCCAGCUUCCCUGGUUUGUGUGUGCUUCUACCUGAGGGCUGCUUUUGUGUGUUGUUCAUGCAUCAAAGUCUGCACAGCAGGCAGAGCACCUGCUCCAGGAGGACUCGGGUGACAGCUGAAUACCAAAGUGUCCCACGGCUCCGCGUGCCCAGUUUGAGGCUGUGCUGUGUGGUUUUGGAGAUGUUCCUGUUCAAUAUCCAUAUUUCUGGCCAGAUGUUGCAGGCAGAUCGCUGUUAUGAGCAUGCACGGGGUGCUGGCUGUCCUCUGCUUGCUGGCUGGGGUUUGUAAUCUCAUUUUUUGGGAGCUGCAGGCGUGCUGGUGGCAGGUGUGACCCGUGGUGGCUUGGGGGACGCGGUCUCCUGCUCUGGGUCUGCAAUCCAGUGGAGGUGCCACAGCUCUGCCUCCUCUCUUGUCAGUGACAUUCUGUGCAAGACUUGAGAAUGCAAAUGACUGCUUAAAGCAGCCCAGAGGCUAAAAUGUAUUCUGGCAGCUGGGCCUCCCUGCUUGGGAUGUGGCACUUUUGUGGCAGCAGAGACGCCUCCCCCAGAGCAACCUUAGAGGGGCUCCAGCCACCUCAGGCCUUUCCCUCUGUGAUUGCUGUUCUGCAGUUCCUGGAAAUUUCAAAUAUAAUUUAAACAUGAAGAUCUGUUCUUGCUCCCUGUUAAUGUUGCAUCCAUCUGUAAUUUCAAAGAAGAAGAACUGUAAGUCCAUCUGGUUUUUGAUUCUGGUUUCUCUCCCAGGGGAUACACCUCCCGCUCCCACAAUUUGCCUUUGGUUUGCUUGCAGACUUAGUGGUGGAAUUCAGGCCAAAAUAGGUCAUUGGUUUGGAUCAGUUCAAUAAACUUAUGUAAGUUUUUACACUAAAA